UAGACUAAAUUCUAGGUUUUACAAUCACAGAAAAAACAUGAAAGAUAAAUUUUUAUCUCCACAAGAAAAUAGAGAUGUAGAAAAAAUAUCUCAAGCGUUCGUCGUCGCGCAGACGAGACGAGGACGUGGAGCUAUUUCCCACAAUUUCCGUUAGCCAUGGCUAGACCUUGAUCCAGCGUUAGUGGAUCCAGAACCGCUAGUGGGCAGAAAGCUCGGCUUCCACAAUUUUCAGAGUUGAGCUCCGCCUGCCUGGUUGGUCCGUCGGAUGGUGCAAAACUCCAGAUCGCAUCGCCCCCAACCCAUGAUCAGCAGUCAGCCACCGCCCACUAGCAGUAGCACACCCUCUGCCCUCGUGGCAAGCUGCAGUUUUUCUCACUGCAGAAGGGCCCCACUCGUCAUCCAAAGAUUGAUUGAAGGGGAAAAUUUCUCGCCGACGGCAGGUGCCUGAUAGAUCUAUAUAUCUAUCCCCGACGCCACCGCCGCCCGCCUUGUCCUCGCUCAGAUCCAAAUCCGAAUCCCGAUCCGCGCGCGCAUGGAUUUCUUCAGCUCCGUCUUCUCUGCCCCUGCCAAGGAGGAUGGUGAGGAGCCGCAGCAGGAGGGCGAGGAAGAGCCGGCGGCCCAAGAGUCCGGCGGGGGGUGGAUUUUCGGCAGCCUGAUCGAUACGCUCAAGGAGGAGAUCGAGGAGCAGCGGAAAGUGAAUGAGUCGGCCGCCGUCGCCGCGGAGGCGGAGGAGGCCCAGAGGGGUGCCGAUGGAGAGGCUGUCCCCGGCAGCGGGUGGAUCUUCGGCGGGCUGAUCAAGACGCUCGCGGAAGAGAUUGAAGCCCAGCGGAAAGAGCAGGAGGCCAUUGCAGCCGCCGCGGAGUCGGAGGAGCUCGAGCGGGGAGCGGAGGCUGAUGCGGCGGCGGCUGCAACGGCAACGGCAACGGCAGAUGAGGAGGGAGAAUCUUCUGGCGGCGGCUGGAGCUUUGGCGGCCUGAUCAGGACGCUCGCGGAGGAGAUUGAGGCGCAGCGCAAUGAGAAUGAGAAGGAGGCUGCCUCCACGGCGGAGGAGGACGGAGAGCAGGGAAUCGAUGCGGAAGUGGCGGCGGUGGAUGGGGAGGAGGGGGCGCCGGCUGGGGAAAGCUCAGACGGCGGGUGGAGCUUCGGGGGCCUGGUGAGUACGUUCGCGUCGCGGUCGGAGUCGGUCCUGGGAGGCUACCGCCGCGACCUCGAGGACCUCGGCUCGGGGCUCCGCCUCGAGACGGCCGCGCUCCGGGCCGCCGCCGCGCGCGCCGCCUCAGCGCUACCUGGCGCGCUGGAGGCCGGCGCGUCUGUCGCCUCCGACAGGCUUGAGUCUGUCGGCCAGGCCGUUGACGACCUCGGUGCCGCCGCCGCUGGGCUCCUCUCGCAUGCCAACGAGGCCCUCCGGUCCGCUGAAGCUGACGGUGUUGAUGGUGACCGUGCUGCCCGCCCCUCCGACGGCUCUGUUUCCAGUGCGUCCUGGCGCGCUUCCUUGCCGACCAAGAAGUAUACCAGGUUCGAGGCCCAGGUCUUGGCGUUGCGUGCGGACCCUGCCACGUUCACUGAGGAGCCUGAAGAUUCUGAGGGCUUUGGUAAAUGGAGUGCCUUGUUCUCAAUUGACGAGAUGAAGGAACAGAUAGAGACGGUGCUCCAUGAAAGCCCUGGAUUGGAGAGCUUUGUGGAGAGGCUUGUGCCGUCAGUUGUGGAUUACGAGACAUUCUGGUCAAGGUAUUUCUUUGCUGUCAAUAAGCUCAAGCAGGCAGAGGAUGUCCGCACCAAACUUGUGAGCAGGGCCAUGUCAAAGGAGGAGGAUGAAGAACUCAGCUGGGAUGUCGAUGAUGAUGAUGUUGAAGAUGCCAAUACUAGUGAUCACAAAGACAGCACAAACUCGUUGGUAGAUAAGAAAGAGGAGCAAGCAGCGGAGCCUGUUAACUGUGAAACAGAGGGCAGUAUGGAACAAGAAGCAGCAGCUGAAAAUGAUUUGGCCGACGAUAAGGAGGUUGCUUUGGCUGCAGCCAAGGAUGGUAACGGUGAAUCAAGUUUUGAAGCAUCGACUCCAAAGGCAAGCAAUGGGACCAGACAAGAAGAGAAGAUUGAGGCUGCUGACUCAUCUAAGGGGGGUGAUUUCUCAGUGGUGCCUCAACCAUUAGUGCAGGAGGAAGAUCUUAGCUGGGAGGAGAUUGAGGAUGUUGGCGAUGAAGAUCAGAAGAAUGGGGUUAGCAAACGGUCAAGCUCUGUCAGCAAAGUGGAGGAUCUCCGGAGACGUCUUAAUUCUGUGGAAGAUGAUGAUGAGGACCUAAGUUGGGAUGUCGAUGAGUAGAAAGAACGUGUGGAGCCCUGCACUGAGUUGUCUGAAGGACUUCUAAAUUAGAGAGACUGCCAUCCUAAGCAUAAAUUGAAUCUGUAUGGUGCCGAUGAAGAAGCUUUGUGGAUGGAUUGCCACAAUGUGAAUAUUGUGAUGGACACUGGUGAUUCAAAUUCAGUGGGGGCUCAUUAGUUUCCUUGCAAGAACUCGAUAGAAUGGUAGUGUUUUUUCUGUUAGUGUUGGUAAUUUGUUUCCAGUUAGCAUACGUUUGUUGCAAGUCCAACAUGUACCACCUUCCUGUUUGAAUAUGACACAUAGUUCAUUUCAGAUUCACAAAGUAAACAUCGAAAUUGUGAAACUAUUGAUCCAAUGUGCUUGCAGUU